GAACGAUGACAGCGGUGGAGAGGCUGGCCGCAGAAUUCCUCCGCCAGGUGAGGGAGGUGGCAAUGGCGACCGCGCGGGUGCCGGACCGGAGGGAGCGGCAGGCGACAGAACUGGAGGCGGCCGCAGGCGGACCCGCUCGCGCGUGAAAGCUGCUGGGUGCCGGACUGCCCUGAGCCCACCUCUCCUGCAAGAACAGCCAGCGCGGUGGUUUGGCCCACCUUGGACUGUUCCCAUUGCAUUCCGGCGCUGCGUUCAGCUUUGGCCAUGGAAGCAGAGAACGAAGUGGAAAGCAGCAGCGAUGCAGCCCCUCGGCUGGGGCAGCAGGAAGAGCCUUCGGAAAGUGGCCUUGGAAUGGAGACCUCGGAGGCCAUGUCUGCAGAUAGCAGUGAUGCCGCGUUGUUGGCCAUCACCCUCUCGGAAGCCGAUGAAUCUGGCGUAGGCCAGAGCUCAGACAGCGGAGGGGUCUCCUUGGCAGAAGUAGCCGAGAGCAGCUCGAGCGUUGAUGACCUGCCCAGGGCCUACUUGCCAGACUCCUCCUCCCUCGCACAAUCCACCCUGGUCUCCAGCAUCUCCGCAGCGAGCCAGUCCGCCCUGGCUUCCCAGUCCCCUCCGGGCCUGGUUCACUCCAGUAUCCUUGUAGAGGGCGCUCCCGUUGUGUCCGACUCCGCAGCCUCUACCUCGUCUGACCUGGGCUCCACCAUCGACAAGAUCAUAGAGUCCACCAUUGGACCGGAUGCCAUCCAGAGAUGCAUCGCUGCGACCAGCGAGGAGGACGGCGGGGCACAGACUACCCAGUACCUCAUCCUGCAGGGCCCCGACGAUGGUGCGCCUGCUGUGCCCUGCGUGGCCAGCUCUGCCCUGGCAGCUGAGGCCGUGGCCGACGGCCCCACCUCCACCUGCGUGGAGCAGCCCAGCCCACCGGAGCAGCCCGGGCAGCUCGGCCCGACGGGGGAGCCCGACCUGGAAAGCCUGGAGCUGCUGAUGGAGGUGGUGGUGGUGCAGCAGUUCAAGUGCAAGAUGUGUCGGUACAAGAGCGCCUCCAAGCAGACCCUCAUCCAGCACAUGCGGGAGCGGCACUUCCAGCCUGCCUCGGCUCGUAGCCUAAAGAGGGGCCGCCCGCGUAAAGGGGCACCUGUGCCAAAGACCCUCGAAAGCAAGAAGCCGGAGGAGGAGGAGGAGGAAGAGGAGGAGGACAUUGUGGAUGCCGGCGCCAUCGAUGACGCGAAAGAUGACAGUGACUACAACCCAGCCGAGGAUGAGACCCGGGGGCGCCUGCCCAAGCUCAGCCGUCCCCUUCCCACCUCCAGUGAGGAGCGGCAGCCGCGGCGUCGAGGAAGGCCUCGCAAAUUCCCUCGCCUGGAGGUCCCCCCUCAGCCAGAGGGUGGAGAGGAAGGGGAGCCUGGAGUCUCAUCACAGCGUGCCCCCCAGAGGGAGCAGCCGGGCCCGGAGGCCGCCAGCUCCUCCGACCAGGCGCCUGCGUGUGGCAAAAGCCUCGUGGAGCCCUCCGUGAGCCAGUCGGACUCGGAGAACAGGGACCCCUCCUCGCAGGCCGAACCGGAGGCGGCCCCCCGGCGGCGAGGCCGGCCCCCGCACUGCUUCCUGGGCAAGAAGUACCGCAAGUACAUGGGGCGGAGGUACAGCGACAGGUCCAGCAAGCCGCGGAUGCGGCCCUUCCUGUGCCGGAUCUGCAGCUCCCGCUUCCUCACCCACGAGGACUUGUGCUUCCACGUCAACUCGCACGAGGGAGGCGACCCGCAGCUGUUCCGCUGCCUGCAGUGCAGCUACCGCUCCCGGCGCUGGUCCUCGCUGAAGGAGCACAUGUUCAACCACGUGGGCAGCAAGCCCUACAAGUGCGAGGAGUGCGACUACACCAGCGUGUACAAGAAGGACGUCAUCCGGCACUCGGCCGUGCACAACCGCGACAAGAAGAAGAGAGCCGACCCGCCCCCCAAGCGGAGCACCUUCCCCUGCCCCGUGUGCAGCCGCGUCUACCCCAUGCAGAAGCGGCUCACCCAGCACAUGAAGACGCACAGCACCGAGAAGCCGCACAUGUGCGACAAGUGCGGAAAGUCCUUCAAGAAGCGCUACACCUUCAAGAUGCACCUGCUGACCCACAUCCAGGCGGUGGCCAAGCACUGGUUCAAGUGCGAGUUCUGCGAACACGCCUGCGAGGACAAGAAGCAGCUGCUGAACCACCAGCUGCUGCACGUGGACGACAAGCCCUUCCGCUGCCGGCUCUGCGCCUACGCCACCGUCCGCGAGGACUUCCUGCUCUCCCACGUGGCCGUCAAGCACACGGGGGAGAAGCCGUUCGCCUGCGAGUUCUGCCACUUCAGCACGAAGCAGAAGAAGAACCUGCGCCUCCACGUCCAGUGCCGCCACGCAGAGAGCUUCGGGGAGUGGGCCCAGCAGCACCCGGAGGAGCCCCCCUGCCGCCGCCGGCCCUUCUUCACGCUGCAGCAGAUCGAGGAGCUCAAGCUGCAGCACAGCCAGGGCCAGGUGGCCGCGGAGCCUCCUGCAGCCAGCCUGCCGCAGGAGGCCUACCAGCCGGCCCCAGCCUCGCCUGCCCCGGAGCCCCCCAUCCUCUCCCGAGAGCCCCUGCAAGGGACCACCAUCAUCUAUGAGCCAGACGUGGAGGGCUCGGCCGAGCUGGCUGCACAGACGGCGCUGGACCUGCUGCUGAACGCCAGUGGCCAGCGUGAGCUGCCCUCUGGCACGCUCGAGGUGGCGGUGGUGAAGGCGGACAGCCUGCCGAAGGCCGCCGAGUCGCAGGCGCUGGCGGAGGAGCCCCCGGCCAAGGUGUUGGCGCUGCACGUGACCGAGCCCGGUGAGGCCCUGGUGCCGGAGGGCUACGAGGAGCCGGCCCUGGCGGGCUCAGAGCUGCAGCAGGUCGCCGUCCCCUUUGCAGGCGCCACCGAAUACAGCAUCAUCACCCCGUGCGGGGAAGCGGGCAGCGCGCUGUACGGGGAGGAGGAGGGCCUGAGCCCCAGCGAGGCGGUCCGGGCCGUGAUCAGGGACACGCUCACGGCCAUGCUGGCUCCUGGCGGACUGGAGGAGGGCGGACAGCAGCCACCGUCUUCGGCAGAGACGAGCGGGGAGGCCGCAGCGGCUCCGGCGGGCCUGCGGUGGCCGGUGGCACAGCACUUGACCUGGUCGGCCCACAAGGCGGUCGCGCUGGCCCCUGAGGAGCGGGAUGCGCCACCACGCAAGGCCGGGCAGCCCCCGGGGAAGGCCGCCCCCCCCAGGAGGCCGCAGGGAAGGGCCCCCGCCGCCAAGAAGUUCUCCUGCAAGAUCUGCACCGCCACCUUCGCCGGCCGCGCGGAGAUGGAGAGCCACAAGCGCGCCCACGUCGGGCCCAGCACCUUCAAGUGCCCCGACUGCCCCUUCACGGCCGCCGCGUGGCCAGACGUCCGGAGCCACACGGAGCAGCACGCCAGCCUCCGGCCGCACAAGUGCCAGCACUGCAGCUUCGCCUCCAAGAACAAGAAGGACCUGCGGCGCCACACCCUCACCCACACCAACGAGAAGCCCUUCGCCUGCCACGUCUGCGGGCAGAGGUUCAACCGCAACGGCCACCUCAAGUUCCACAAGCAGAGGCUGCACAGCUCGGGGGGGAAGCCCCCGCCCGAGUCGGCCCCCGGCGCCCCGCAGACCCUCCUCCUGAGCAGCGACGAGGAGGCACUGGCCACGCUGCAGACGGCCCUGCAGUCUGGCCAGGCCGUGGCCUCGCCCGAGCGGCUCCAGCAGGCCCUGGGGCAGGAGCACUUCAUCAUGACCCAGGAGCAGACCGUCCCCGGCCAGGAGGAGACUGUGUACAUCCGGGAGAUCCUGACCACGGCUGAUGGGCGGAUGGUGCAGCACCUGGUCACGGCGGAGAACCAGGUGCAGUACAUCAUCACCCAGGAGGGCCUGCAGCACCUGCUCCCCCACGAGUACGUGGUCCUGCCCGAGGGCCACCACCUCCAGGUGCAGGACGGGCAGAUCACGCACAUCCAGUACGAGCAAGGCGGCCAGCUCGUGCAAGAGCCCCAGGUCCAGUACGUCCCUCUGUCUCCGGGGCAGCAGCUCGUCACGCAGGCCCAGCUGGAGGCAGCGGCUCACUCCGCCGUGACAGCGGUGGCGGAAGCCGCCAUGGCCCAGGCCCAGGCCCCCCUCGGCACGGACCCUGCCGCCGAACAGGCCCAGCAGCUGCCUCCGGCCGUCCACUACGACAUCAUCACGCUGACGGAGUAGCCCCCGUGCCCGGCAGGCGCCGGCCAGGCUCCUCGUGGUCCCGGACGCGUGGCGGCGGCAGCCGGACCAGCGCCACUUCGGAUCGUGCCUUCCGCAGCUGCCCGGCCGGCCCCGGCCUGCACUUGUUCCCACGGAA